CAGAAUUCUCACCUGAUUCCUCUGACACCUCCGUGCUUACUCCAGCUGUGCUCUGAGCCCCAGUCACCCUAAUAUUCCUCAUCAUACUGACUUUCCAUUGGACAAGAGGCAGAUUCUGGUUGAUGCUACUGGAAGGAUAAGGGACGCUGGCUGUGUGAAAGGGCCCAGAGGACUGGAAUGUUUGCCACAGGCGCACUGCUCAUCCAUGCGUCCCCAGGACCGUCCUAUGGGAGGGAAGAGGCGGAGGAGGUGGAGAGCAGAGGGAGGGAGUGAUGGUGAGAGGGAGAACUUGAAUGAGAGGGACUGAGCGACACUGAGAGGAGCCACCACAACAAAACUUCCAACUCUCAAGCAAGUGGGACUACAGACUGGCUUCGACCCUUUAAUCCCCGCAUGGCUGCUGAGUUCCUGCUAAUAUAACUUCAGUGUAAAGUUCUGGUGGCGGAGGCAGAGGGGGGUCUCCGCUUGGAAAGAUGGAGCAUUUAAUAAGGACCAGGUCGCGCAGGAGAAUACCGCUAUUUCUUUUGAUCCUGCUCCACAUAAUGACGACAAGAGCCGCUGAUCCCAUUGAUGUUCUGCGAGUACUGGAGCUGUCAGAGAACAUGGAGGGGGUGUCCUUGGAGGCUGGUCUCUGCACCAGCAGGAGUGGCCUGGAGGAGACGGACCUGGCCUACAAGAUAGACAAAAAGAUCCAGCUCAGUGCUCCCACCAAACAGCUCUUCCAUGAUUCCCCAUUUCCCGAGAAUUUCUCUGUGAUGGCUACAGUGCGAGCUAAAAAGGGAUCCCAGUUCUUCCUGCUUUCAGUGUAUGACGACCAGGGAGUGCAGCAGCUGGGGCUCGAAGUGGGCCGUUCACCUGUCUUCCUGUAUGAGGACCAGCACGGGCAGCCCACACCAGAACUGUACCCCACCUUCAAGAAGGUCAACCUCGCUGAUGGAAAAUGGCACAGGAUAGCCUACAGUGUGCAGGACAAGUCUGUGACCCUCUACUUGGACUGUGAAAGGAUAGAGACCCUGGAUCUGCUGCGAGGGGACAAUGCCGUCGUCAGCACAGAGGGUGUCACCGUGUUUGGGACACGGCUGCUGGACGAAGAUGUGUUUGAGGGAGAUAUUCAGCAACUACUGAUUCUGGAGGACCCUCAGGCCGCUGCCAACUACUGUGUAAACUACAUACCAGACUGUGAAUCUGUUUUACCCUACAACAGCCAAGCACUGGUCCUGCAGGAGAACUCUCAACUUGGGUCUGAUGCCUUGAAGCAAAGUGACCAGCCCGACGAGCCAAAGGAAAACUCCAAAAAGGACAGAAAAGGCAAAAAGAACAAAAAGAAGAGGGACAAGGGCUCUAAAGGCAAAGGCAAACGCAAAGGCAAGGGCAAGGGCAAGGGAAGGAAGGGAUCCAGAAAGAAAAAACACCAAGAGGAGGGUCUUGAGGAUGGCUACCUCAGAGUAUCCACAACACUGCCUGAGUAUCUAUCCCAAGAACCUUUUCGGCCCACAGAGUUGCCAGAAAUUAAGAGCACCGUAGAAUCUGUCAGCCCCACUGAAGUCUUCGACAAGACCUUCAUGGAAAUGCCCACACAUGAGCCUGAUUCUACGGCUGAGGUCCCCACUGUGAUGCCCAGUGCAUUGCCUGAAUCAAAGGUUACCGAGGAGGAGGACAAGCCAGUGAAGAAGCCCGUGAUGGAGGAGCAUGAAGAUGACCUUUACCAAGACCUCUAUGAUGAUCUCUCAGUUUCCACGGUAACAGUGGGCCCGAAUGUUACUGACUAUGAGAUUCUCGAAUAUGAAGAUUACAAGAAUGACACAGAGUCAGAGUAUGAAGAGUACGAGUUAUACGAAGACAGCUUUGAGUUUGCAGAGCGGGAAAGAGCAGAGACGUGGGAUGGAGAGGCUAGACUCAGAGCAGAGAAAGGCCAGAAGGGAGAACAAGCUAUUAUUGAGCCGGGUACAUUAGUUGAAGGACCCCCAGGUCUCCCAGGACCACAGGGGCUCGCUGGCCCAGCGGGACCAACAGGCCCUCCAGGACCCAGGGGAGAUCCUGGUGAAUUGGGUCCCCCAGGACGUCCUGGUCUUGCUGGGGUUGAUGGGAUUCCAGGUCCUCCAGGAUCGCUAUUGAUGCUACCAUUCCAGUUUGGCGGUGACUCCCAGAAGGGACCAGUGGUGUCUCCCCAAGAGGCGCAGGCACAGGCCAUCCUGCAACAGGCCCAGCUGUCAAUGAAGGGACCUCCAGGUCCGCUGGGUCUUGCAGGGCGACCAGGCCCACUGGGACUUCCAGGUCCUACUGGGCUCAAAGGAGACAGUGGAGAAAAUGGCCCUCCUGGACCGCAAGGGUUGCCAGGCCCUCAAGGACUUAAUGGAAAGGCAGGAAAGAGGGGGCGUGCGGGAGCAGACGGAGGCCGUGGAGCUCCAGGUGAAACUGGCUCCAAGGGUGACAGGGGUUUUGACGGCCUGCCAGGUCUCCCAGGAAACAAGGGACACAGAGGGGACAGAGGAAAGCCGGGUCCUCAUGGGCCUGCCGGAGAGCCAGGAGAAAAGGGAUCUGAGGGACCUGUCGGGCCAAGAGGGCAACCUGGCGAACCUGGUUCCCGGGGUCUUGCUGGGCCAAGGGGGCCACCUGGCCCACCUGGCCAGCCGGGUAUUCGUGGAACUGAUGGAGUACAAGGUGCAAAGGGCAACCAGGGUCCAGCUGGAGAGAUCGGGCCCCCAGGUCAACAGGGAAAUCCAGGAGUACAGGGCUUGCCCGGUCCUCAGGGUGCCAUUGGAUUGCCAGGAGAGAAGGGUCCCCAGGGGAAACAAGGCAUGCAGGGGCUACCAGGCAUUGAUGGCCCACCCGGUCACCCAGGAAGAGAGGGCCCCGCGGGAGAGAAAGGCAUCCAAGGUUUACCAGGCGCUCAGGGGCCUGUUGGGUACCCAGGGACCCGUGGAGUCAAGGGAGCGGAUGGAGUUAGAGGUCUAAAGGGGAGCAAAGGAGAGAAGGGAGAAGACGGCUUCCCCGGAUUCAAAGGUGAAAUGGGCAUCAAGGGAGACAGGGGUGAUAACGGAGCUCCAGGUACCCGUGGAGAGGAUGGACCAGAGGGGCCAAAGGGCCAAGUGGGACUCAUGGGAGAUACAGGACCUCUUGGAAUAGCUGGAGAGAAGGGUAAACUUGGUGUGCCUGGAUUGCCCGGAUACCCAGGAAGACAAGGUCCUAAGGGAUCACUCGGCUUCCCUGGUGUGGCUGGGGUCCCAGGGGAGAAAGGACGAAGGGGUCCAGCUGGUCAGCCAGGGCCUGGAGGCCAAAGAGGUUCCAAUGGACCCCGAGGGGGAAGAGGAGCAAAUGGGCCUACUGGAAAGCCCGGAGAAAAGGGUUCUGCUGGGCAAGACGGUCCUCCAGGAUCCCCCGGGGAACAGGGCCCCCAAGGACCAGUGGGAAGAAACGGUGAACCAGGACCUAGAGGGCCUAAUGGUCCACCUGGAAAAGAUGGAUUACCAGGUCACCCAGGCCAGAGAGGGGAACCAGGCUUCCAAGGCAAGAACGGACCCCCCGGCCCAGCAGGUGUUGUUGGACCACAGGGCAAAUCUGGCGAAACUGGGCCAACUGGAGACAGAGGCCAUCCAGGACCACCAGGACCACCCGGUGAGCAUGGUUUACCCGGAUCUGCCGGAAAAGAGGGCGCAAAGGGAGACCCAGGUCCACCAGGAGCCGCGGGGAAAAGUGGCCCUGCUGGGCUCCAAGGCUUCAGAGGGAGCAGAGGGACCCCUGGUGCAACGGGUCCUGCUGGUUUGAAAGGAGGAGAGGGCCUACCUGGUGUUGCAGGAUCUAUUGGUGCAACUGGAGAGAGGGGCCCCGCUGGGCCGGCUGGUGCUAUUGGCCAGCCAGGACGGCCUGGCGGCGUGGGACCUGCUGGGCCGAUGGGAGAGAAAGGCGAGCCAGGAGAGAAGGGGCCUGUGGGGCCCGCUGGGCAAGAUGGGGAACAGGGACCUGUCGGGCUGCCAGGGGCUGCGGGAACUCCUGGGCUUCCAGGAGACGACGGAGAUAAGGGAGAGACAGGAGGACCAGGCCAGAAGGGCAGCAAAGGAGACAAAGGCGAAGCUGGACCCCCAGGACCUGUUGGAACUCAAGGGCCUGUGGGCCAACCAGGCCUGCCAGGUGCAGAUGGUGAGCCAGGUCCACGUGGGCAGCAAGGCAUGAACGGAGCAAAAGGAGAUGAAGGACAUAGAGGUUUUAAGGGGGCAACUGGUCCCUCUGGACUGCAGGGAAUGCCAGGGCCAUCAGGGGAGAAAGGAGAGAGCGGGCAUGUUGGCUCGAUGGGGCCUCCAGGACAGCAUGGCCCACGAGGCCCCCAGGGCCCCAUUGGCGGAGAGGGCCUACCUGGAUUGCCUGGUGGAGUUGGUCAGCCUGGACUUGUUGGAGAGAAGGGUGAGGACGGAGAGGCUGGAAACCCUGGACCAGUUGGAGAAACUGGCAUUCCUGGUGCUAAAGGCGAUGUAGGGGAGAAGGGUGACUCUGGCCCUCCCGGUGCAGCUGGUCCUCCAGGACCCAGAGGAACACCAGGGGAGGAUGGAGCCAAAGGCAACCUUGGCCCUAUUGGAUUUCCUGGAGAUUCAGGACCCUCUGGAGAAGCUGGUGUCAAUGGUAUAGAUGGUGGACCAGGGCCUAAGGGAGACAGCGGAGAGCCUGGCAAAGCAGGACCUCCAGGAGCCUCUGGAGAGCCAGGUCCUUCAGGACCUCCUGGACGAAGGGGUCAUAUCGGUGCUGCAGGAAAAGAAGGGAAGCAAGGCAUGAAGGGAGCCAAGGGGACAACAGGAACCCAGGGUCCAGUGGGGAAGACAGGCCCAGUGGGACCCCAAGGACAGCCAGGGAGGCCUGGUCCAGAAGGUCUUCGAGGCAUCCCAGGUCCCGCGGGUGAACAAGGAUUAAAUGGGCCGCCAGGACAGACUGGACCACCAGGACCAUUAGGGCCGCCAGGACUUCCAGGAUUAAAAGGAGACCCUGGAUUUAAGGGAGAUAAAGGUCAUGGUGGGUUGAUCGGUCUAAUUGGCCCCCCAGGAGAGCCCGGUGAGAAGGGAGACAGAGGCCUGCCAGGGAUCCAGGGUAUACCAGGGCCUAAAGGAGAUGGGGGUACAGCUGGCACACCUGGUCCCACUGGCCCACUGGGACCUCCUGGACUGGCAGGUGCAGCUGGCGCGAAAGGAUCGAAGGGAGACACGGGUAUCGUCGGUCCCAGAGGAGAUCCAGGCCCUGCUGGACCCCCAGGACCCCCAGGACUCCCAGCGACAAUCAUUGAGCCCCUGCCUAUCAGGGAGGGCAGACGGAAGAGACGAAGGCACUCCGAUCGGGCAGGAGGAGCAGUCCAAUCCAGGGAGGAGGAUGUGGAUGUGGAUAUGGACGAGUUCCUCCAGGGGGAUCAGCCUCUGGAGGAUGCUGAGGGAAUGGAAGAAGUUUUUGCCAUCCUAUCUUCCAUGAAAACAGAAGUGGAAUUGAUGAGGAGGCCCCUGGGAACCUUUGAGAGCCCUGCCCGGACCUGUAAAGAGCUCAUGAUGGUCCAGCCUGACUAUAAAGAUGGAGACUACUGGAUUGAUCCUAACCAGGGCUGUAACAAAGACUCCAUCAGGGUCUACUGUAACUUCACAGCUGACGGAGAGACAUGUCUCUACCCUGACAAGAGGAUUGAGAAUGUGAAAUUAGCAGCAUGGAACAAAGAGAAGCCAGGAAGCUGGUACGGCCAAUACAGGAAAGGCAAGCAGUUCUCCUACAUAGACAGGGAUGGGAACCCUGUGCAUGUAGUUCAGCUGACCUUCCUAAAACUACUGAGUGCCACGGCCAAGCAGAGCUUCACUUACACUUGCCAGAACUCGGCAGGCUGGUUUGACAGCACCUCCCGCUCCUACCAGCAUGCCCUCCGCUUCCGGGGCAGCAAUGAUGAGGAGCUGACACAAACCAAAAGCCCCUUCAUCAGUGCAGUGCAUGAUGGAUGCCAGUCCCGCAAAGGUCAGGAAAGGACUCUUCUAGAGAUUGACUCCCCCUCGGCAGAGCUGCUCCCUAUUAUAGAUGUGGCUCCAGUAGACUUUGGCAACAGCAACCAGAAAUUUGGAUUCCAAGUUGGACGAGUAUGCUUCAAUGGUUAACGAGAUGCCAGGAAAAAAAACAAAAAACAAAACAGACCUGCACAGCAAGUUUUCAGAAAAAGAAACUGGACUUUUACCGCUGCCCCAAGCAAUAUUUAUUAUAUUAUGUUCCUGUAUGUGGUGGGUUUGUGGUAUACUAUUUAAGACUCUUCAACAGCCGAUGAAAUAGGUUCUAUGGCUUUACAACAAUAAGAAGAAUGGCGAGAAAGAGGACAUGUACCAGUGGGAACAAAGCACAUUUACCAAAGGGAAACAUUCCAAUUAGAUAUAUUUAAUUUUAAGUGUCUUUAAGUGUUUUCUUUUAUUCUCACUGUUUGAGUGUGCUGUAGUUGAUCCUCUAGAAUAAAGAGGACCGCACCACGUGUCGAUGACCACUUAUAAACAAGACAUCUGUCGGAAAGGAGCCUGUCAUUCUGUGGUGUGGGUCAGUUGAGUGGGAUGUCUCAGACCUUGGAUGAGCUAGUUGCUACCUAAUGUUUUACAAAGACUGGGACUGAAUAAAUCAGAGGCGUUGCCAUGCUCAUUUGCAUGCUCAAAUUUCACUAUAAUGGCAAUUGCAUAGCAGUUGUGAACUAGCCUAGCAUAUUAAUUCCACACAAGCGCCAUAAUUAAUUUCCUGUGUGCAGGAAUGAUAAAUUGUCCUUUUUACCCUUCAACUGCAGUUUGCUCAGUGAAUAACCUUGAUUAGUAUUCAGUAGGCGUAGCUAGUUAUUGAACCCGACACUUACUUGAACGGAUAAGGUUGUUUCCUCUAUUGGACUGCUUCCCUCCAUGGGCUUGAUAAUAGCCUUUUUGAGCCCUCCAUGUUUCCAAGGACUACAGUACUGUAUAUGUCAGAUCUAACAUCCUGUCUACUGCAGUAUAUACCUGCUAAUGACAUACCUCAGCAACCAGGCUGGGGAUAUUUCAGGGGAUGAAUUAUGAGCAUGCUUAUUAAAAUGUUCUCUCAUCUUAACUGCAGUUCUUAAUACCAAGAGACAUUUCACGCAUCUCUUGAAAGCAUUUUAUAAUUGCUGACAUAACCUGUUUUCACUUUUCUGCCCCACUCAGUUUUUUUUUUUUUUUUUUUUUUUUUUGUUUCUUGGUUUUGUUCAUGUGUUGAAAUUUCGAUGGAAUAUGUUCCUGUUCAUUUGACAGGAUUUGCUCUUCAGUGGUGCUAAAGAUGAUUCUGUUAUUAUUGUGUCACUGUGUUUGUGUGUCUCUGUGGGCAGGAUUAUCGGACUAGAGAGGAAGAGGGGUUAUUGCUCUUUCAGCAGCACAAAACACCCUCAGAGGCUUGGGGACUGGUCUACUGUGUUUUUUGCACAUCUUCUGGCUGAUUGUGCCAAUUUCACAGGGCCAGUGAAAGGAGGUUAGGGACAGUUCAGAGCAAUGUGGUUGAUAGCUUUAAAAGGAAAAUCCGUCUUAAACCGAAUUCACAUUGCGACAUUCUACUGAUAUAGUAAAGCCAGUAUCUACAAAUGCAGAUGACUAAACUAGAAAUUCCAGCAUCAAGACGUCAUCAGGUAACAUUUUGAAAAUCCAUUGUAUUUUCUUUUUAAUAUUUAUUUCAAAUUUCCUUUGAAAAUUGUAGAGCUGUGAAUUAGAAAUUGUCCUCACAUCCCACUGAGCUUACCAGGGUGCCAUUACAGUGCUAUGUUAUUUCAUUAUUCACCGUCUGUGGAGCAGCUCCAGGAUUUGUUUUUAGAUGACAUUAUUACUGCCGUCUGUCGCUGUAUGUCAGCUUAAACAGACUUGUUCAAAUUAACAAAUGAAACUGUGAAAUAUUACAGAAGAUGACAUAUGCAUGUGAAUUCUAUUUUACGGAUGAUAUUCCCUUUAGCAAAUGAAAUCUUAAUGCUCUGCCUACCUUCUCCGACUCAAACAGUAGACCGUGUUCCCAGCGUGUGUAAUUUUGCAAUUCACACUAUUUGUUUCAUAGCAUAUAAACAUUCCACUUAUAAACUCCUCUCCUCCGGUCCCAUCCUGCGCUGCCUCUCCUGUGUAUAGUGUUUUUGUUGUACUAAUUUUAUAUACUGUACAGUUAUUCUGAGGAGUUUAUGAGCAGUAACCUGCUGCCUGAAUGAAAAACAAAUGUAUUUGUCACAAAUUGAUGUGCGAAUAAAAACAAACAAGAAAUCA